AUAACCAUUUCAAGAACUAGAAAGAUGGCAGAAAAAGAAACCGACCAAAUUUCUUCAUUACCCGAAGAGCUUCUUCUCAACAUUCUUUCCUCGCUUCCUUUCAAAGAAGCAGCGAAAACAUGUAUCCUCUCCAAGAAGUGGUUCAAGAUGUGGCAAUCUACCAACACAGUGAAGAACAACCAACUCGAAUGCAAGAAGGUAGAAGCUUAUGGAGCCGUUGAAGUACCGCAAAGGAAGUCUUUCAAGAACUUCAUCAAGAUCUGGAUCACAUUGUACAAAAAUCACCAUCUCCACGACAAAUUCACCCUCAAGGUUUCUCCUCCUUCGAACUGCGGUGACAUCGUUGGAGCCUCCGUCGAUUUCGCCGUAGAGGACGGCGUGAAAGAUUUGGAACUCGAUUUCGCCGAAGCGCAGUGGGAGGACGAACAUCCUGAAGAGAAUAUCCACGAUGCCUCGGUUGAAUUUCCGAGACACCUUUACGAGAACAAGAAACUGCACCAGAUGCUCGAGAGUUUGAAACUGCACUCGUGCAGUUUCGCGCCUGCAAAUUUCGCCAAGUUUGUGGCACUGAAAGAUGUGACUCUUGCUUGGAUUCCGUUGCAACUGGAAUCGAUUAGGACGCUGUUAUCGACGUGCGAGUGGAUCGAGAGUUUGAGCCUGAAGAACUGUUGGGAUAUUGAAUCCUUUGAUGUAAAGAAAUUGGAACUGAAGAAGUUGGUGAUUGAUAGGUGCAUAAUUGGAACAGAUUAUAUUGGUUUUGAGGCGCCAAAUUUGAAGGUUUUCAAGUACUGUGGUUCAGUGCCGCCGGUGUCUGAAGUGAAGGUGGAAGCUGGUACCAUGGAGGAGGCAGAUCUUGAUUUAAGCCCCAUGGAUGAGUUCUUUGAAUGUGGCAACGAACUUCAGAAUUUUCUUCAAGAUUUCUUUGCGGUCAAUGUUCUUACAGUUUGCAGCGUGAUUCUUCAGGUGAUUCCUUCGGGAGAUGAACCCGUGAGGCUACCAGGGGGUUUGAGGGUGAGACACUUGAAGAUGAAAAUCCAAAUGCAUCCCCAAGAAUUUUGCGGAUUCCUUUGGUUUCUCAACAGUUGUCCUAGGUUGACCAAAGUAGCAACAAGCGACCAACUCUAUGCAUGCUCCUAUUUCAUCAGUGCGGCUUCAAUUUUGACGAAGCUCAGCAUCAAUGUCUUGAAGAACAAGAAUGAUGACCCUAACACGGUGGAGAUGCGUCGUAUUUUAGCAUCGCAAUUGCUCCGUAUUCCAAAGGCUUCAAGAGUUUUGGCCAUAAUAAUUCGUUGA